AUGGCCGAAGUUCCCUCCUUGUGUCCAAAAUUCCAAAUGCCUUCAAGUGCACCCAUAGAAACCAGACCCCAAAGGCUUCAAGAGACGGCAAGGAACUUACCCUUUCAAAUGCAUCACAGUCCCAUAUUGACCCCAACAAGUCCAAUGCAAUCAAGUCUUUCAGUCCCUGAAAGGGACCUACAUCAGCAAGAGUUCCAAGGACCAUUAAGAAAAUCAGGUAUCCAAAUGCAACUAGAUCCUGUACUGGGCCCAUGUUUACCUACUUUGAAAAAACCCUCAGGGCAUCCAAGUUAUCAGAUAUAAGUGAAAUCUUGUUUCCAUGUUCUCAUAGGAUCUGUGGUACUGUCAGAGAAAUAUGGUGACCAUCAAUCUGGCCCUGUGACUUCAAGAAAGGGGUGGAAGGAAUGCAUUGUGUACUCCAAAAAACAAAAGCACCUGCUGCAAGAACAUUUUGAGAAGUGUCAGUCCCCAAACCAGGAUCAAUGUGUGGAGCUGGCAGAGUUAGUUGGUGUGACAUUGAUGGACAUCAAGAUCUGGUUUAAGAACAGCCGAGCUAAGUACAAGCGGAUGACUCUCCAGAAUAUUACAGAAGCUCUGCCAGAGACCAAUGGAAGUUCUAAAGCUGUUUUUGAAUCAACUCACUUUCCUGGUUCCAUACCUCUUGUUGCUGCUGAGGAUGGAGAGCCCAUGUGUUCAGGCACAUUUGGUGAAGAUUCCAUUCCCAAACUCCACUGCAUCCAGGAAUCUUCUCUGCAUCAUUAUCAGGCCAGUGAUGCAGACAGGUUUAGUCAGCAAGAAGAUCUGCUUGUUGGCCAUGCUCCCAUUACAGCUUGGGAUUCUGGUCAAUCAGCAGCAGUUGAAGCCCAGACUGAUCUAGCAGUGACUGAAUCUACAGAUGUCCUAGAAGCUGCCACCCAUUGCCCAGAGGAGGCUCAAGGUUCAGGUCCAUCUGCAGAGGAACUCUGGCAAAGAAUCCUUGACGACUUUGACAAAUCCGAGGACUGA